AUGACAAUUCUUUGGUGUUGCUUGUUGACUCUGCCAUUGACGAUUUCUGCUUACGUUAAAGGCGGCUCAAGAAAGGUGUCUGCAGUAGGUGAUCCCUUCCAGAGCAGUUCGUUGUAUUCAUCGCGGCGAUUUUUGAAAGGAACUAAGAAAAGCGAAAGUAGUGAUGACAACAUAAUUGCUGGUGGAGAUAACGUUGCAAUUCCUGUAACAGAGGCACCCUUUGUUUCUGAAGUGGACAUGGUUUUUACAGACUCACCCGUAGCGAGUCCGGUGGCCCCUUCCCCGGUGAAUGUGAUGCCACCACCCGUGACCAGUCUGGUGACACCUUUUCCUUCCCCGGUGAAUACGCUCGCUACAGCCGCGCCCGUACUCAGUUUCGUGGCACCAUCCCCUUCCCCCGUGGUCGUGAUUUUUACACCCCCACCGCUAACCGAUCCAGUAGCUGAAGAUGUAAAUACAGCGCAACCUACUUUGGCUCCCUCCUCUUCUCCAGUGAAUCCGGCUGCUAUAGACUUACCGGUAACUAGUCCUAUAGCAACGCAAGCUACCCUGGUGCCUUCCUCGCCUGAGCUGAAACCGGUUGCUACUGGCGCUCCCGUAGCCAACCCUGUGGCCGAAACAAUAAAACCGGACGGGGGCGUCGAAACAGUAUUGAAUGAGACUGACCACAACGUAGAUACCGAUGACACUGGAGAUAGUACUAUCGCUCCAACAAAAGUGGCCGAUCCAUCUCCUUCUUCUGCUCUAGACGAUGCAUGUGCUGCAGCUGCGGAUGGUAAAUCCUACACGACAGACAACCAUCAAAAUAUUAUUUUUAUACAUGAGAUGACUGUGCCGGCAAAAGUCGACCCAUUCCAAGCAGGCUCUGAACUCGAUGCUUCAGCUCAGGCUGUUCUUCUCCGCGAUCUCAUACUCUCGAAUUGCCCCCUUGGCGAUUUGAGAAAGCGACGUCUGAGCAUGUCUGAGACUCUUCUAGGCAUUUCUAUCGUAGACAGCGAAAUACUGGAUGACGAACCGUGUACAGAAGUUGAAUUAGAGGAUGAGUUGGUUUGCUACCGCCGUCACGCCACCGCUCGUCUCUCUUUUGAAGAAGAUGUCGAAGUUGAUGCGCUUCAAGUUCGAGACGAAAUUCAAGUGAUUUUGACUCAGACGUUAUCGUCUCUUGUCGUCGAGUCAAGCGAAACAGUACGUGCUAAAUAUGUGGCACUGGAAGCUGGCUCUUUACAAUCCCAACAGAGCAAUGAAGGCGAAGGUGACACAAACAUAGCUCCGGCAGGAAUCACCUUUUUGACUUUGUUUGUACUCGCUGCAGUGGCUGGUAUGGCCCUAUUCGUAGUUUGGUAUCAUCGGAAGAGUCCGACUACCUCCCAUGGCUACGUGUUCGGAAGCAAGAUUCCUCCUCUGCAUGGAGUUGGAUCUUCCGACGAUACAGACAUUGGUUCGGGCGGAGACAUCUCCUCCGAAGAGAACUGGAAUACUCAAUUGCCGUAUGCUGUAAACGAAGUGACCAAUGAUUUUGCUUCGGAGCUCAUCCUCGUGAGUGAUUUCAGGGUAGCCGUUUCUCCAGUAGGAGACUAUUGUCGCUCAGAUGGAAGUGCCCACACUGACGAUAUUAUGACGGUCGUCGAAACAGCUAGAAUCGCACCUAUUUAUUCGGAGGAUCAUUUCCCGACUCUGGAUGUCAACAAGCCCUUAUACAGAAAGUCUUUGUUCGCUGCCUCGGUCAGAAACGAUCCACGUUCUCCGGACAGCAUUGAUCUCUAA